AUGGAUGGCCGAAGACUCCCGUCCGAUUACUUGGGUCGCUACAGCGGUGCGACUUCCUGUGUACCAGAGAUUGCGCUCACUGAUGUUCCAAAGACACCGGUUGGACCUGCCGUCUAUGCAGCUGCCCCUGCUACAGGGCAAAGGCCAGAGAAGGAGCUGCCCAAAACACAAACACCACGGUACGACCCACGAAGGUGGUCCCUUCGUAAGAAGCUGAUCGUUGCUUCCGUGGUCGUCGUGGUAAUCGUCGUCACGAUCGUAGGCGCUGUGGAAGGCGUCCGAGCCAAUCGAUACCCCGACUACACUCCCUUAAACUACAAGUUGGUGGAUACGUACGAAGGGCAGUCAUUCUUCGACAAUUUUGAUUAUUUCUCCGACGAAGACCCGACCAAAGGUUUUGUAGUAUACGUCGAUGAAGGGACCGCCGAGUAUCUUAACCUCACAUUCGCUACAGAUACCUCGGCGAUACUACGUGUCGAUUCUUCAACCCCGAAUGCGCCGGAUGGCCGCAACUCCGUGCGGAUCGAGUCCAAGUCUACCUACGAUACGGGGCUUUUUAUCUUCGAUAUCCUCCAUACCCCAUAUGGCUGCGCCACAUGGCCCGCCCUAUGGCUUACUGACGGGUACAACUGGCCUAAUAACGGAGAGAUCGAUGUAGUGGAAGCGAAUAACAAGGGUAUGGAAGGCAACGAAAUCACCCUGCAUACAAUCGCGGGCUGCUCGAUGGACGUCAAGCGCAAAGAGACCGGGUCCUCCCGUUAUACAUCGUGUGGCGAUGACACCCAUGGCAAUUCUGGCUGUGGUGUACAGGGAGAUCCAGCUACAUAUGGUCCGGCGUUCAAUAACCUGGGAGGCGGAGUAUAUGCUCUCGAGCUCCGCGAUGCUGGAGUUCGCGCCUGGUUCUGGCCGCGAGACUCUAUUCCGGGCGAUAUCACGAACGCUUCCGGAGUCCCUAAUCCAGCUAUUUGGGGUACGGCCCUAGCGGACUUCCCUAGUACCGACUGCAAUAUUGCUUCGCACUUCCGCAACCAGAGUAUUAUUGCUAACAUUGAUCUAUGCGGCGAGCUCGCUGCCCAGCCUCAGUACUAUGAGAAGCUAUAUAGCUGCCCUGGCACCUGCUCUGACUUCGUGGCCAAUAAUUCGGAGGAGUUUAAUGAGGCAUAUUGGGAGUUUAAGAGUUUCAAGGUCUACCAGGCAGUAUGA